CCUCCGAAAAACCCUUGUCCUGCAGCUUCUUACAGCUGACUGGAGUCUGAAAGCCCUAAUUCCUGCUGCUGAUUUCUCCAAUGGCUUCUCGUUACAGAUCUCUCUCGCGACCCGCAUUUACCCUCAUCAAAUCCACACUCACCAAACCCACUGCCACGCCAAAGCCCUCACCUUCCCUCCUCAACACUUCUACUUCUUCUUCUUCCUCCGCCGCACUUUCAAGGUCGGUUUCUCGGCUGGGGUGCGUGCAGUCCCUGCUUCCGCUGCACUCGGCGGUGUCUUCGGCGCGCCUGACGUCUUGCCUCGGCGUUGAUUCGAGGAGCUCGAGAUCGUUGUCUCAGGGUAUGCUCUGCAGUGCCAACCCCGGAGUUUGAUAAAAAUGCUCCAAAUUUGUUUUUUUGUUUCAUAUCUAAAUGGGUCUCGGCACGCCUCGAUAAGAGAUGUAGAAGAUUGUUGAUUGAUGGAUUAGAAUGAUCAUUCAUUUUGCUGAGAUGCUUCUUUAUGCUAAUUGUCUUAUGUUUUCAGCAGUUUGGUAUAAUAGCCUAUAAAGUUGGAAGGCUCUGUGGUUAUUGUUUCAGUGAAAUCCUUGAAAAUGUUAAAAUCAUUACUCUCUUAAUUGGUUUAAAGAUCAAAAUUUUGGCAAUAUCACUUGAUGAAUAAAAAAAUAUAUUGCUGAUUCAGUUCCCCAUCAAAUCUGGUGAAAUCCAGAUUAAAUUUGCAGUUAGAAUCAGUGUAUUUGCAUGUCAUGGUUAAGUGGAAUGAACAAUUUGAUUUUCAUUUAGGUAUGACAUGUAUGUACCCGAGAAAGAACUUCGUUAGGGGGAAAGCACUUUGCCAUCUUCUCACAUGCUA